AUGGCGCCGCAGGACUACAGCUCCCAGCGCCCUCCGCGCAGGAAGUCCCGCCCCACGCCGGAAGGCGGCCGGGCGGGGCGGGGAGCGGAGUCGGGCGGCACCGGACGGAGGGAGAGAGCGGCCCGGGGUGCGAGCCCCGCGCGGGGCGGCGAGGCCAUGGCGGAGCCCAGCCCAGAAGACCCACCCCCGAACCUCAAAGCGGAGACGCAGCCCCCCGAGAAGCGGCGGCGAACUAUCGAGGACUUCAACAAAUUCUGCAGCUUUGUCCUGGCCUAUGCUGGCUACAUCCCAUCCACCAAGGAGGAGAGCGACUGGACCCCUUCGGGCUCCAGCUCCCCCCUGCGCCCGGAGAGCGUGGCCGACAGCGACGGCUGGGAGUCGACCCACUCGGACCUGCACACCAUCGAGACCUUCGUCAAGAAGGCCAAGUCCUCCAAGAAGAAGGCUUUCCGCCGCCUCAAGGCGGACAGCUCCCUGCUGGAGAAGAUGAAGCUGAAGGACUCCCUCUUCGACCUGGAUCCGGCCGGCCGGCCGCCGCCGGCGCCGCCCCGGGCCGGCCCGCUGGGGGACAAGCGGAAGGAGAAGCGCUGCCGGCGGGCGGGGGGGGCGGCCCCCGAGGCGGCCCGGCGCGGCCGGGGGGACUCGGCGGGCGAGAAACGCUCGCGCAUCAAAAAGAGCAAGAAGCGGAAGUUGAAAAAGGCCGAGAAGAAGCUCAAGGCCUCCCUGAGCGAGACGGACUCGGAGGAGGAGGCGGCGGGGGCGGGGGGGGCGGCGGCGGUGCUGGGCCGGAGCGGGGAGGAGGAGGAGGCGGCCCCCUCCCCGGAGGAGCUGCUGCCCGAGGGCGGCUUCCCGGAGCCCAAACUGGGGGGCGGGGAGGGCAAGGACUGCGGCAGCACGGAGACCAGCCAGGACGGCGACGGCAGCUCCAGCGAGGGGGAGAUGCGGGUCAUGGACGAGGACAUCAUGGUCGAGUCAGGGGACGACUCGUGGGACCUGAUCACCUGCUACUGCCAGAAGCCCUUCGCCGGGCGGCCCAUGAUCGAGUGCAACCAGUGCGGCACCUGGAUCCACCUCUCCUGCGCCAAGAUCAAAAAGACCAACGUCCCCGACAUCUUCUACUGCCAGAAGUGCAAAGAGGGGGCCCGCAAAGCCGCCGCCGCCUCCGCCGCCGCGCCGGCCCCCCGGGGCGGGGGGGAGCCCUAGGGACCGGGCCCCACACGGCCGCCGAGCUGGACUCUCCUCCCCCAGCCCCCCGGAUCGCCCCGAGCGGAGGGGAGAUUCGCCCCGACAUCUGUGUGUUCACGUUAACCCCCCCCUCCCCCGGCGGACGGGGAUGGGGAAGUGAAACCGAGCGGAUGGGGGGGGGGGAUUGGGGGUGCUCCCCCCUCCGGCCCCCCUUCCCGGCUGUAAAUAUAGAAGGAAAGUGGAGGGGUUUAUUUUGUGUGUUUUUUUUGUUUUUAAAUCUCCCCCCCCCACCCUGGUUUCCUUUUUAAAAUGGAGACUUGACUCCUGCCCCCCCCCCAAUAGGUGGCAGAAGUGGGGUGCAGCGGAGGGGGGGGAGAAUCAACAAAGAAGGGGGGGGUGUUUGGUCAUUUUCCCACCAAGGGACCUGUUUCGGGGCCGGGCUGGUCGCCCUCGGCCGGCCCCCCACCAAAGCAGCGAAAGGGCGGGGGGGCUGUCGCCGGGCGAGGAGCAGCGGGGGGGGUGCUCUGAAUAGACGGGUGCAGUUUGAAGAGUGGGGGGGUGCCCCUAAUUAACAGCUGCAGCGUCUCCUCCCCCCACCCCGAAAAGGGAGACCAGAUCUCAGCCCCCCCCCUGCCCCCUCCAGACGGCUCUUUAAUCUGUGUUUCUUUUGUGGGGGUGGGGGGGUGCAGUUCCAACCCCCCCCUUUGUUUUAAUAAUAUUUUGCAGCUUAAAUGUAAAUAAAUAACGUGGACCCUU